AUGACGAAGAGAGAGGCAGAGGAGCUGAUAGAAAUAGAAAUUGAUGGAACUGAGAAACAGGAAUGCACUGAAGAAAGCAUCGUUGAGCAAACCUACACCACAGCAGAAUUUGUAAGUCAAGCUAUUGACAUCAAUGAACCAAUUGGCAAUCUUAAGAAGUUGCUGGAACCCAGACUGCAGUGUUCCUUGGAUGCACAUGAAAUUUGCUUGCAAGAUAUCCAGCUGGACCCAGAUCGAAGCCUUUUUGAUCAAGGAGUAAAAACAGAUGGAACAGUGCAACUCAGUGUGCAAGUAAUAUCUAGGCAAGGGAUAGACCCCAAGUUAAACAUCCUUGAAAUUGUGAAGCCUGUGGAGACUGUGGAGGUAGUGAUUGAUCCAGAUGCUCAUCACGCAGAGGCUGAAGCUCACCUGGUUGAGGAAGCUCAAGUGAUAACCUUGGAUGGAACAAAACAUAUUACAACGAUUUCAGAUGAAACCUCUGAGCAGGUGACACGAUGGGCUGCAGCGUUGGAAGGCUACCGAAAGGAGCAGGAGCGCCUUGGAAUACCCUAUGACCCAGUGCAGUGGUCGACAGACCAGGUGCUCCACUGGGUGGUGUGGGUGAUGAAGGAGUUCAGCAUGACUGACAUCGACCUCAACGCGCUCGGCAUUGGCAUUCCCGGGCGGGAGCUCUGCAGCCUCAGCCAAGAAGACUUCUUCCAGCGCGUCCCACGGGGAGAGAUCCUCUGGAGCCAUUUGGAGCUUCUUCGAAAGUAUGUGUUGGCUAGCCAAGAACACUCUGGAGAAAUAGCAACUGUUACUAUUGAUCAGCCUGUGCAGAUUAUUCCAGCAUCUGUACAGCCUGCUACCCCAACCACCAUUAAAGUAAUAAACAGCAGUGCAAAGGCAGCUAAAGUACAGAGAGCUCCAAGGAUCUCUGGGGAAGAUAGAAGCUCCCCUGGGAACCGAACAGGAAACAACGGCCAGAUCCAGCUGUGGCAGUUUUUAUUAGAACUUCUCACUGACAAAGAUGCUCGGGACUGUAUUUCUUGGGUUGGUGAUGAAGGAGAGUUUAAAUUGAAUCAGCCUGAACUGGUUGCGCAAAAAUGGGGACAGCGCAAAAACAAACCCACGAUGAACUACGAGAAGCUUAGUCGGGCUUUGAGAUACUACUAUGAUGGAGACAUGAUUUGCAAAGUGCAAGGCAAGAGGUUUGUGUACAAGUUUGUCUGCGACUUGAAAACUCUCAUUGGAUACAGCGCAGCAGAGCUGAAUCGGUUGGUCACGGAAUGUGAGCAGAAGAAGCUGGCCAAGAUACAGCUCCAUGGCAUUGCCCAGCCAGUUACAGCAGUGGCGCUAGCUACUGCAUCCCUGCAAACAGAGAAAGAUAACUGAGCUCUAGGACCUGAAAGCGGGAGCCUGAGGCCUUUCCUAUAUAUCCAGAGCAGUUGCUGCUCUUACCUUUAUCAGAAUUGGAAACUUCUUUUGUUUCUUGACAGUACAGUAUAGAGCAUGAUUUUCUAUAAAGAACUGGGACUGGCAUAAAUUUGGAUCUUUUAGCAGCAUUUAUUUCAAUAUAAGUUAAGGGAUAGCCACAAUUUCUGCAACUUUGAGUCAGGGCCUCCGUGGUAUGCAGUUUGAAAUAGGUGAGAAAGGUUGAACUGGUCAGCGCUCGGGUGUCCACAGCUGCACAGGUAACUUUUGCAGCGCUUU